AUUCUGCAGGUGCAGCCCUUAAAAAAACGAAAAAGUGCAAAAAAAAAAAAAAAGGCAUGGUGAAAUGCCCUAUAAAUAACUGCUAGUUUUUAUUGUUUCUAUUUUACAAAGGUGAGGUUCUCGGAGGAGAAAUGGCUUAGCCCAGGUCACCGGGUCAGGAAGCCGCUUAGGAAGAUAGUGAUCAUGGUAGGGCAUCGCCUAAGCCCCAGGCCCAGCAUAGAAUAUUCACUAUGCACGUGAGAGUUGGGCUAUUCCUGGCAGUCAAAGGGCUGCCUUGUUUUGCCCCUCAGCACAGGAAAUUCCAAGGUGGUUUUUCCAUACUGGCUCCACUGUUUCCGGACAGCAGAGGGGCCGAGGUUCCCCAGCCAACUCUUAAAAAAAAAGAAAAAAGAUGGAAUUCAACAUCUUAGUCUGCCUGUGUGGACCUCUCUGUUGGGGGGGUGGGGGCGGCUGUCACUUAGAGUGUGCUGCCCUGGGCCUAUCUGGCCGUUUCCCUGUGCUGGCAACCCUCGCCCUGUCCUUGAAAUGGUCCUGGCGGGGUAGCAGCCUCUAGGUGGGCUGGGUGAAAUUUGGGACUGGUUUAAGGCGGGGACAAGCCCGAGAACACAGGUUUCCUUGUGCCUCUCUCUGGAGAGGGAGGGAGGGCAAGAGGAAACCGCCAACCCCGCUCUCCCUUGGUCACUCUCCCUCGGAGGCCACGAUGGCUCAGUUCUCGGUGUUUCUUGCUGUCAUCUUGCUGUCCACCUUCCCGAGGCCUAGUGUCGGGGGUCGCCCCAUGCCCAGGCUGGCAGACCGGAAGCUGUGUGCCGAUGAGGAAUGCAGCUACCCCAUCUCCAUGGCUGUGGCUGUUCAGGACUACGUGGCCCCCGACUGCCGUUUCCUGACCAUACACAGGGGUCAAGUCGUGUAUGUCUUCUCCAAGCUGAAGGGCCGAGGGCGGCUUUUCUGGGGAGGCAGUGUUCAGGGAGAUUACUAUGGAGACUUUGCUGCACGCCUAGGCUAUUUCCCCAGUAGCGUUGUACGUGAAAACCAGACCCUGAAACCUGGCAAAAUCGUUGUGAAGACAGAUGUGAGUGUCCUGGAGGCUGACAGGGAUCUGGACCCUUGGGUUGUGAUGAUGGGCAAAAGUGCAGCCUAUCUAUGAGCUGGGACAAUUCUCUGCCUUUCCUUCCUUCCUCCCUCCCUCCCUCCUUCCCUCUUUGCUUCC